AAAUUGCUCGAUAGCAUUCAUAACGAUAACUUAUUAGCUAAGUUACCAGAAACAAUUUAUGAAUCUCAAUUGUCAUCGCUUUAUACUUCAAUUCUUUCUAAGACUAAACUUGAUACAACAGAUGCUGUAGAAUUUGAUCCUAUUAAACAUUUAACUUAUUAUGCUGAACCAGAAACUCAAGCUGCUUAUAAUGCUACUAAGACCAUUUCAAUGGAAGAAUUAGGUUUAAGUCACCCAGAUCAAAUUUCAGAAACUGGUGUUAGUGAUCCAUUCCCUCUUUUCACUGAUGAAGCCAUUGAAAUUAUGAGACAAGAAAUUUUAACUAAAGAAACAUUUAUGAAGUAUGCUAGAUAUGCUUAUAAUUCUACUAGUGGUAUGGAUUGUGUAAUUAGAGGUUAUGUUAAAAAUGAUGAUGUAAUUUCUACUCCAUUUAUUUAUAAGGCUUGGACUCAUCCAAAGACUCAAGAUUUAAUUAAUAAAAAAGCUGGGGUUGAAUUAGAAGUUAUUAUGGAUUAUGAAAUUGCUCAUGUCAAUGUAUCUAUGAAAGAUGAAAAGAUGGUUGAAAAGGAAUUAGCUUUAAUUACUGAUGAUGGUAAAACCACUGUUAAUUCUCAAGAUAUGCCUGCAGUUGUUGGCUGGCAUCGUGAUUCCUAUCCAUUUGUAUGUGUCUUAAUGUUAUCAGAUACUACAAAAAUGAUAGGAGGAGAAACAGGAUUGAAAAUGGGUAAUGGGAAUUUUGCAGUUGUUCCUGGACCAAAGAAAGGUUAUGCAGCUAUUCUUCAAGGUAGAAUGAUUGAACAUAUUGCUAAAUCACCUGUUGGAGCUACUGAAAGAAUUACUAUGGUAACAUCAUAUCGUGCUAAAGAUCCAAUUAAGAAAGAUUGUUCUGUAUUAUCUACAGUUAAACCUGAAUUAAAUUUUGGAUCAAGAUUUCAUGAUUUUUAUAGUCAAUGGAUUGAUUAUAGAGUCAAGCUUUUAAAGGAGAAAUUAGAUAUUUUAAAUAAAGAAUGUCGUGAUAAAGAUGGUAAAUUUCAAAAGGAUUAUGCUAUGGAUACUCUUAAGGAGAUUGAAGCUUAUUUAUCAAAGACUUACAAAGAAAUGGAAGUUAGUCCUGAAGAAUGGGCCAAAGCUCUUAAGAGACAUCAACGUUAUCAAUCUUUCCAAUAGAUAGGCAGGACCUAUUAAUAAUUAUUAUCUCUAUUUAUGUGAAUUACAUAGGAUUUAAAUUUGAGUUUAAAG